AUGGCUUCCCCGUUGUCUUCCCGUGGUGGCUACGCCACCGCGCUUCUUCGCUCUCCAGUCAGCUCUCGUCGCCAAUCUGACAGUGGACCCAGUCAGGAAAGUGAGGAAGACGAUGAACUUCUCCACCAACUCACCAAGGCCCAGCUCGUCAAACCGAAUGAACUGAGCCAAGUUCUCCAAGAUCACCUCAACAGUCAGGCCUCUGUCAUCGAACAAGAACCUGACCUUGACCCAGACUCAAUCUACAUCAACAUACGCGGUUACAGUCCUUACAGCGACAUGGCCUCUCCAAACGCGUUCCCGUCCCUUGACACCUCUCUCCCUCCUGCUGGCAACCGUGCGUCGGCAGCUUCUCCUAUCGGUCCUUCCUCCAUCAACGGCAGCAAUGGCAUCAACGGCCCAGGGUCGGGUGCGGCAGCCGCUGCAGGCUACAUGCCUCCUCUACCGGUCGGCCACCAGCAAGACCUGAAUCACCUCUUCAACCAAAUUCAAGAGUUGGGAGCCCUUUUGAGAAGCAACCGCGAGAAAGUCAAUUCCAUCACUCGCAAUGCUGAAGAAGUCGCGAAACGCGCAAAUGGGGCGCUUACAGACGGCGAACCAGCCCAGCCAGACAAUGACAAAGCACGUGUCCGUGAGCUCGAACUCGAACUUGCCAAGCAGAAGCAGCUGGUUGAACUUUACAAGCACGAACAAAAAGAGAACACCGGCUUGAUUGCCAUGUACGAAGAAGCAAUGGGGACGGCUGUCGAACAGAUCCGAAACUACUGCGGCGAUAUCGAGGGUCGAUUCUUGAGACAACGCAAACAUUACAACGACCUCUUGCAGCAGGAGAAGGACGACCACUUGCAAUCUCGCCUCGAUAGGGACCACUGGUAUGCGCAAACACUCAAGGUGUGUGAGAUGAUUAGGACAGCGCAUCGGUUGAGGACGGAUGAGUGGUGUGAAGAGUACACUGUCAUCGCGGGGUUGCAAGGCGAGGUGAGAUGCCUCAGACGAUGCAUGGGGAUGGAGGCAGAGAAGCCAGAGGAGGAAACCGGCUGGCCAUACUUGAAGGACUUGCCUCUCCCUGAGUAA